CUUUAUAGUAUACUAGUGAUUUAAAACUGAAAGAAUUUUAUUGCAAAACAACUGCAUUUUUAAUUUUGUAUGCAGCUAGGACCAAACUUGAAAAACACUUUGUAGUAAGGAAAAAAAACAUGGAGGAUUUACAAGAGAUUAAUUGUGAUACGGCCUGUUUUCAGUCAUCAUCAUCAUCAUCCAUGAUGGAUCAUGAUCAAUCGGCACCGACAACACCAGCAAGUGACAAUAAUAAUAAUAAUAAUAAUUCAUUUGGUUAUUGUAGGACCAACUCUUCAUCAGGUUUUUCUGAGCAAUCAUCAACUGAUCAUGAUUUCAAUAGCUGUUCAUCAGAGGCAAAUUCUCCGGUAUGCUGGCCAGGCACCAGGAAAUCACCUUACUGCAGGCCAACCCUUUCGAGAUUUGCUGGAGGAAUCAACAAGUAUCUUAAUCUCAAGGAUAAUGAUCAUCAUAAGGUCAUCAAUAAUGAUCAAGCACCUACUGAUUUGGAGCUUGAAAUGAUCAAGGAAAGAUUUUCGAAGCUUUUGUUGGGGGAGGAUAUGUCAGGCGGUGGCAAAGGCGUUUCCACUGCAGUUACUGUCUCUAAUGCUAUCACAAAUCUCUAUGUUUCUAUGUUUGGGCAGCACCAGAGGUUGGAACCGUUGUAUCGUGAUAACAAGAUGAUGUGGAAAAGGGAAAUGACUUGCUUGUUAUCUGUAUGUGAUUACAUUGUUGAAUUUGUCCCAGCUUCACAAAACGGAGCAUCCAUGGAGAUGAUGAUUAGCAGGCCAAGAUCAGAUAUAGAUAUCAACCUUCCCGCGUUAGUUAAGCUCGAUGCACUUCUCAUUGAAAUAUUGGAGAGUUUCCAAGAAACAGAAUUUUGGUAUGACGAACAAGGAAGCAUGUCAGGACACUCAGGGACUGGAUCUUUUAGACAAACUCCUCGGCCUCGGAGGAAAGAAGAGAAGUGGUGGCUGCCCGUCCCAUGUGUUUCAGCAGAAGGCCUUUCAGAGAUGGCCAAGAAGCAUUUGAGACAGAAACGUGAUGCAGCAAAUCAAAUAUACAAAGCUGCAAUGGCUAUCAACAAUAGUGUUCUUGCCGAUAUGGAAAUCCCACGCACGUAUAUUGCUUCCCUUCCUAAGAGUGGAAGAACAAGUGUAGGGGAUACCAUAUAUCGGUACAUGACUUCCACAAGCAGAUUCUCCCCUGAACAUCUUCUCGAUUGUCUCAACAUAAGCUCGGAACAUGAAGCCCUUGAGUUAGCCGAUCGUGUUGAGGCCUCCAUGUUCACAUGGAGGCAAAAAGCAUGCUCAAGUUUUCCAAACUCAUCAUGGGAAUUGGUUAAAGAACACAUGGAGGGCGAAAAGAACGUGGUGCUAGCCGAAAGAGCGGAAAUAUUAUUUUUCAGCCUAAAACAACGCUUCCCCAAACUUGCACAAACAACACUAGACACGACCAAAAUUCAAUACAACAGAGAUGUGGGACAAGCUAUAUUGGAGAGCUACUCAAGGGUUUUGGAAGGUUUAGCAUAUAAUAUUGUUGGUUGGGUGGAAGAUGUAUUGUUUGUAGACCAUUCCGUGACAAACCAACAACAUCAAGACUCUUAGUUAUUGUUAACCUGCCUCUGCCUGCCUUAUUUUUGCAAGAUAUACAUAUAUUUUUGUACGUUUAGACAUACUCUAUCAAUUUCUUCUUCUGCCUAUUUGUAUAUAGAAAUGAUGAUUAGUUAGUCCAAUUAAGCUUAUCACUAAA